AUGGACGCACCGGAAAACAUCCUGACGGAGGAACAAGUGAACGCCGACAGAGGAACGAAGGUCACCCUCCAGUGCUCUGCCGAAGGAAACCCGACACCGAAGCUCACCUGGUCGAGGAAACCCCCAACGCCUAAUAGCGUCUGUCUCAUCGACAUCGAAAUCAGCACGGAGAGGACCUUUCCCGCACGCGAGGACAUGUACAGCGAAGCAGCCGCCGGGAGACGACUUCGUGUUAUCACUGCUUUAAGAACCCUCAGCACAGGGGAGCUUUGCUUGGCAUUCAUAGACAUGGCGGUCACCAGAGAAAGAGUGGAGAACAGUAGUCGCCGCACCGAAAGCAAAUGCCUCCCACAUGCCUUUGCAUUUGUAAGCUAUCCUUCUGAGAGAAUUAUUGAUAUCCUUGAUGAACACAAUAUGCCAUUACAUGUUGAUAAAGUAAAUGAAGUCUCUAAAGCAAAACUCAUUAGCAAACACGAUAGUCGUAAAACAGAAGAGUCCACUCAAAACGAAAGCACCGAGCAGAUUAUCAGCAAGGGCGUGGGCGUGGCCAAGCUGAGCAUCGGGAGUGCGUCGAGGGCGGACACGGGCGUCUAUCUCUGUCGGGCGUCGAACCUGGUGGGCGUCUCAGAGCCUGCCGCCACGCGCGUCGUUGUGACUCAGAAGGUGAUGUCAGCCAACGACGUGGGCGGAUCCCGUGAAACGUGGGCGGUUUUAGGCGGCAUUGGGCGGCUGGAGUGCUACGUGCGGGCGGCACCUCAGCCCAGUUUCGUGUGGAGUCGGAAUGACGGGUUGACUCUCCUCAACAGCGGGAAGUACACCAUCCACGAGACGAAGAACCUUGACUGA